CUUCUCUUCGCCUUCGACACUCCCCUUCCGUCCCGUCCCGUCCCCCCUCUGUCUCUCUUCUUCAGCAGCCGCCUCGCUCGCUCGCUCGCUCGCUCCACCCGAUCUCCUCCGGCGACCCGAGAGAGCCGACGAGGUAGUCCCGCGCUCCGGCCAUGGGCGACAGCCAGUACUCCUUCUCCCUCACCACCUUCAGCCCGUCGGGCAAGCUGGUGCAGAUCGAGCACGCGCUCACGGCCGUCGGAUCGGGCCAAACCUCGCUUGGCAUCAAAGCUGCCAAUGGUGUAGUUAUCGCCACCGAGAAGAAAUUGCCUUCUAUUUUAGUGGACGAAACAUCUGUGCAGAAGAUUCAGUCACUGACUCCAAAUAUUGGAGUUGUCUACAGUGGGAUGGGUCCGGAUUUUCGUGUUCUUGUUAGAAAAAGUCGGAAGCAGGCACAGCAGUAUUAUCGGUUGUACAAGGAAACCAUCCCGGUGACCCAGCUUGUCAGAGAGACUGCUGCUGUUAUGCAGGAGUUCACACAAUCUGGUGGUGUAAGACCAUUUGGUGUAUCACUGUUGAUUGCUGGGUAUGAUGACAAUGGUCCGCAGUUGUAUCAGGUUGAUCCAUCAGGAUCUUACUUCUCUUGGAAAGCAUCAGCGAUGGGGAAAAAUGUGUCAAAUGCAAAGACAUUUCUUGAGAAAAGAUACACCGAAGAUAUGGAGCUUGAUGAUGCCAUUCAUACUGCAAUUUUGACUCUGAAAGAAGGAUAUGAAGGUCAAAUCUCUGCCAACAACAUUGAAAUUGGAGUUAUCCGGGCUGACCGUGAAUUCAAAGUUUUAACCCCGGCAGAGAUCAAGGAUUUCUUGGAGGAGGUGGAGUAAGCUACCCAUUGACAAAUUACGGUCUCCAACAAGAAAAAGUUUCGGAGCAGUCCAUGAAGCUUGUCUCAUGUUUUUAUUGGCCAGUUAAACAUAGUAAACUGAUUUGCUCCAGUGACACCGGAAGAACUUACAUUUGAAUCCUUGUGAAUGACAUUGUAGACAAUGAAGAUAACCUAAUGUUAGGUGUAUGUUUGUUUGCUCAA